AUGGUUACGGAGAUAGGCAGGGGUCUUUGGAUAAAUUUGGAUUGCACACCAGAGCAAAAGUUGAAAUAUGUUGUAUCUUUAUUGAGAAAAUCAGCUUUAGAUUGGUGGGAUAUGAUUCCAGGAAGUAAAAAUAGACCUAUGACCUUAACUUGGGAUGACUUCCUUAGGGAAUUUGCAAAUAAAUACACACCACCAAUAUAUAGAGAUCGAAAGAAAAUUGAGUUUUUGAGCUUGGAACAGGGAUAUAUGACAGUAUCAGAAUAUGAAAUGCAAUUCUCUCGAUUAUCAAAAUAUGCGUUUGAAGAAGUGGCUAUAGAGGAUGCAAAACAAAGACGGUUUGAAAAAGGAUUGAGAAUGGAUAUUCAGGAAAAGAUUUCCUUGAAGCCACCAAGUUACAGUACUUUAUUAGAGGCUGCAUUAAGGGUAGAAGAAUGUCUGAUUGAGAAAGAUGCAAUGACAGCUAAGAAAAGAAAGAUGAUAAAUGAAUAUGGUGGUUCAGAAAGGAAAGGAAGAGACAUUUCUUUUAGAGAUUCUAGGUCUCAAGGGAGUAGAUAUUAUGGGAGAGUGGUUAGUCAACAAAAUAUGAGUAAGUGUGUUACAGUGAUAUCGGGUAGAGGCGGACGAAGUGUUUACAGCCAGAGUAGGGUAGAGAGUAAGAGAGGUGAGGGAGGUGUUUCAGUUAGUCGAGGAUAUAGUUCACCAUGUGCUAGAUGUAAUAGGUUUCACAGUGGAGAGUGUUGGGGACCAAGGCAGAUACUUUGUUUUUACUGUGGUAAGCCGGGGCAUAUAGCUAGAGAUUGUUGGAGUAAAAAUCAAGAUAAUGAAAGUCAAGUUUCAAGACAGAGCAGCAUAGGUGAAAAUAUGACUCAGGGAGGAAUAAGUAGAGGAAGAUGUAGAGGAAGGGGACAAGGAGGUUCUAACAUGGUACAGGCUAGACAGAUAGGCCAACCUCAGCAAUCACUGCCCCAAGCUAGAGUGUAUGCAGUGACAAGACAGGAAGCACCUUCUGCAACUGAUAUUGUGACUGUUAAAAUCUUUAUUUAUGGUUUUGAUGCUUAUACAUUAAUUGAUCCAGGAUCAACAUCUUCAUUCAUUUCAUAUGAAUUUGCAUUGAAAAACCACAAUGAUAUAGAAACCUUGGGGUAUAACAUUUGUGUAUCAAUGCCUGCUGGGGUUACUGUAAUUGUAGAUAAGAUUGUCAAAACUUGUCCUGUGAUCAUAAAUGGGAACACACUGUAUGCAGAUCUAGUAGUGAUAAAACUUAAGGAAUUUGAUUUUAUUUUAGGAAUGGAUUGGCUAUUUAAGAAUCAUGCUAUAGUAGAUUGUCACAUAAAAGAAGUGGUUAUUAAGGCCUGA